GGUUCUACGUGAUGAUAUACAAAAAAUGAAUCCGCCUAAAUUCGACAAAGUCGAGGAUAUGGCCGAAUUAACAUGUCUCAAUGAAGCAUCCGUCUUGCACAAUAUCAAAGACAGAUACUAUUCUGGUCUAAUUUAUACAUAUUCCGGUCUUUUCUGCGUUGUUGUUAAUCCCUAUAAGAAAUUACCAAUUUACACGGAAAAAAUUAUGGAACGGUAUAAGGGCAUUAAAAGACACGAAGUGCCACCACAUGUCUUUGCCAUAACAGACACCGCCUACAGAUCUAUGUUGCAGGAUCGUGAAGAUCAAUCGAUAUUGUGUACCGGUGAAUCAGGUGCUGGUAAAACCGAAAAUACGAAAAAAGUUAUUCAGUAUUUAGCUUAUGUGGCUGCCUCCAAACCCAAAGGUUCUGGUGCGGGCGAGUUGGAGCAACAACUUUUACAAGCCAAUCCAAUUCUGGAAGCCUUUGGUAAUGCCAAGACUGUGAAAAACGACAAUUCAUCACGUUUUGGUAAAUUCAUUCGCAUCAAUUUCGAUGCAUCGGGCUAUAUAUCAGGUGCCAAUAUCGAAACAUAUCUACUUGAAAAAUCUCGUGCCAUUCGUCAAGCCAAAGACGAGCGAACAUUCCAUAUUUUCUAUCAAUUACUUGCCGGCGCAUCGCCCGAACAACGUGAAAAAUUCAUCUUAGAUGACAUCAAAACAUAUCCAUUCCUCUCCAAUGGCAGUUUGCCGGUGCCCGGUGUCGAUGAUUUCGCCGAAUAUCAAGCGACCGUUAAAUCGAUGAACAUUAUGGGCAUGACAGCGGAAGAUUUCAAUUCGAUAUUCCGUAUUGUGAGUGCGGUGCUAUUGUUUGGCUGUAUGAAAUUCCGUCAGGAACGUAAUAACGAUCAGGCUACGUUGCCCGAUAAUACGGUAGCUCAGAAAAUUGCCCACCUGUUGGGGUUGAGUGUUACCGAUAUGACGCGGGCGUUCUUAACGCCACGCAUUAAAGUCGGUCGUGAUUUUGUCACCAAGGCCCAGACAAAGGAACAGGUGGAAUUCGCUGUUGAAGCCAUUUCCAAGGCCUGCUAUGAACGCAUGUUCAAAUGGUUGGUGAAUCGUAUCAAUCGCUCGCUGGAUCGUACCAAACGUCAGGGUGCCUCCUUCAUUGGCAUUCUCGAUAUGGCCGGUUUCGAAAUCUUCGAGUUGAACUCCUUCGAACAGUUGUGCAUCAAUUACACCAACGAAAAGCUGCAACAGCUCUUCAAUCACACCAUGUUCAUACUCGAACAGGAGGAAUAUCAGCGCGAAGGCAUCGAAUGGAAAUUCAUCGACUUCGGUUUGGAUCUGCAGCCCACCAUCGAUCUGAUCGAUAAGCCCGGUGGUAUUAUGGCUCUCUUGGAUGAAGAAUGCUGGUUCCCCAAGGCGACAGAUAAGACCUUCGUUGAGAAAUUAGUGUCAGCACAUUCAAUGCAUCCGAAAUUCAUGAAGACUGAUUUCCGUGGUGUGGCCGACUUUGCCAUUGUCCAUUAUGCCGGCAAGGUUGACUACUCCGCUGCCAAAUGGUUGAUGAAGAAUAUGGAUCCCUUGAAUGAGAACAUUGUCUCGCUGUUGCAGAACUCGCAAGAUCCCUUCGUGGUGAACAUCUGGAAGGAUGCCGAGAUUGUGGGCAUGGCCCACCAGGCCCUCACCGACACCCAGUUCGGUGCCCGUACCCGCAAGGGUAUGUUCCGUACCGUGUCGCAUCUGUACAAGGAACAGCUGGCCAAGCUGAUGGACACUUUGCGCAACACCAAUCCGAACUUCGUGCGCUGCAUCAUCCCCAAUCACGAGAAACGUGCCGGCAAAAUCGAUGCUCCUCUGGUCUUAGAUCAAUUGCGUUGCAAUGGUGUGCUCGAAGGUAUUCGUAUUUGUCGCCAGGGCUUCCCCAAUCGUAUUCCAUUCCAAGAGUUCCGUCAACGCUACGAAUUGCUCACACCCAAUGUCAUUCCCAAGGGGUUCAUGGACGGCAAGAAGGCGUGCGAGAAAAUGAUCCAGGCUCUGGAACUCGACUCGAAUCUCUACCGUGUCGGUCAGUCGAAGAUCUUCUUCCGCGCUGGUGUUUUGGCUCAUCUCGAGGAAGAGCGUGACUACAAGAUCACAGAUCUGAUUGUUAACUUCCAGGCAUUCUGCCGCGGCUUCCUGGCCCGGCGCAACUAUCAGAAACGUCUGCAACAGCUGAAUGCCAUUCGCAUUAUCCAGCGCAAUUGUGCGGCCUAUUUGAAGUUGCGCAACUGGCAAUGGUGGCGCCUGUACACCAAGGUGAAACCAUUGCUGGAGGUCACCAAGCAGGAGGAGAAGCUGGUACAAAAGGAAGAUGAGCUCAAGCAGGUGCGUGAGAAAUUGGAGACACUCGCCAAGAGUACCCAAGAGUAUGAGCGCAAAUACCAACAAGCGUUGGAGGAGAAGACCUCAUUGGCCGAACAGCUGCAAGCCGAGAUCGAACUUUGCGCUGAAGCGGAGGAGUCGCGUUCCAGGCUGAUGGCUCGCAAACAGGAACUCGAAGACAUGAUGCAGGAACUCGAAACACGUAUCGAAGAAGAAGAGGAACGUGUUUUGGCCUUGGGUGUAGAAAAGAAGAAGCUUGAACUCAACAUACAAGAUCUCGAGGAACAAUUGGAAGAGGAGGAAGCGGCCCGACAAAAACUCCAAUUGGAAAAGGUGCAACUUGAUGGCAAAAUUAAGAAGUACGAAGAAGAAUUGGCCCUUACCGAAGAUCAGAAUCAAAAGUUGUUGAAAGAAAAGAAAAUAUUGGAAGAGCGAGCAAACGAUUUGUCGCAGACCUUGGCCGAGGAGGAGGAGAAGGCCAAACAUUUGGCAAAAUUGAAGACGAAACACGAGGCGACCAUUGCCGAAUUGGAAGAACGCCUGCACAAGGAUCAACAGCAACGACAAGAGACAGACCGUUCCAAGCGUAAGAUCGAGACAGAGAUGGCCGAUUUGAAGGAACAGCUGAACGAACGAAGAAUCCAGGUGGAAGAAUUGCAAGUUCAGUUGGGCAAACGUGAGGAAGAAUUGACGCAGACACUGAUGCGUAUCGAUGAAGAAUCAGCAGCAAAGGCCGCAGCCCAAAAGGCUCAACGUGAAAUUGAAUCACAGUUGGCCGAGUUGCAGGAAGAUUUGGAGGCUGAGAAGGCUGCCCGUGCCAAGGCUGAGAAGAUACGUCGUGAUUUGGGUGAAGAAUUGGAGGCAUUGAAGAAUGAGCUUUUGGAUUCAUUGGAUACCACAGCGGCACAACAAGAAUUGCGUUCGAAACGUGAACAGGAAUUGGCUUCCCUCAAGAAAUCCCUGGAAGAAGAGACCGUCAAUCAUGAGGCCUCCAUUGCUGAGAUGAGGCACAAACAUGUCCAAGAAUUGAAUGGCAUCAAUGAGCAAUUGGAAAAUCUGCGUAAGGCCAAGGCGGUGCUGGAAAAAGCCAAAUCCACAUUGGAAGCUGAAAAUGCCGAUUUGGCCACAGAAUUGCGCAGUGUUAAUAGCUCCCGCCAAGAAAACGAUCGUCGUCGUAAACAAGCUGAAUCUCAAAUAGCUGAAUUACAGGUGAAAUUGGCCGAAGUGGAACGUGCUCGUUCGGAAUUGCAAGAGAAAUGCACAAAACUGCAACAGGAAUCCGAGUACAUAACAAAUCAAUUGGAACAGGCCGAAUUGAAAGCAUCUGCCGCUGUUAAGUCGGCCGGUAAUAUGGAAUCGCAACUUGCCGAAACCCAACAACUGCUCGAAGAAGAAACCCGCCAGAAACUUUCCCUGUCGUCGAAACUACGCCAGCUAGAAUCGGAGAAGGAGGCGCUGCAGGAACAGCUCGAAGAAGAUGAAGAAACGAAAAAGAACUAUGAACGUAAGCUGGCCGAAUUGUCGGUGACCAUGCAAGAGAUUAAGAAGAAGGCCGAAGAGGAUGCCGAUGCAGUCAAGGAAUUGGAAGAGGGUAAGAAACGGCUGAACAAGAGCAUUGAAGAUUUGGAAAGACAGGUCAAGGAGCUGACAGCUCAAAAUGAUCGUUUGGACAAGAGUAAAAAGAAGAUUCAAUCUGAGUUGGAGGAUGCCACCAUUGAAUUGGAAGCACAACGCACAAAGGUGCUCGAGUUGGAAAAGAAACAAAAGAACUUUGAUAAGAUCCUAGCCGAGGAGAAAGCCAUCUCCGAACAAUAUGCCCAAGAACGUGAUACUGCCGAACGUGAAGCCCGCGAAAAAGAAACCAAGGUGUUGUCGCUCAGUCGUGAAUUGGAUGAGGCCUACGACAAAAUCGAUGACAUGGAAAAUAAACGCAAAGCCCUGCAAAAUGAACUCGACGAUUUGGUAAAUACUCAGGGCACCGCCGACAAGAAUGUCCACGAGCUGGAGAAGGCUAAACGUGCCUUGGAGUCGCAAUUGGCCGAAUUGAAAGCACAAAAUGAGGAACUCGAAGAUGACCUGCAAUUGACCGAAGAUGCCAAACUCCGUCUCGAGGUGAACAUGCAGGCUCUACGCUCUCAAUUCGAACGUGACCUUCAAGCCAAGGAGGAACAGGCCGAAGAGAAACGUCGUGGCCUUGUCAAACAGUUGCGUGAUUUGGAAGCCGAACUGGAUGAGGAACGUAAACAGCGCACCGCCGCCGUAGCCGCGAAGAAGAAGUUGGAAGGAGAUCUCAAGGAAAUGGAAACCACCAUGGAAAUGCACAACAAGGUGAAAGAAGAUGCCCUCAAACAUGCCAAGAAAUUACAGGUGCAAGUCAAGGAUGCUUUGCGUGAAGCCGAAGAAGCCAAAGCAGCCAAGGAAGAAUUACAGGCGGCCAGUAAAGAAGCCGAACGUAAGGUCAAGGCCCUGGAAGCUGAGGUAAUGCAGCUGACCGAAGAUCUGGCUAGCUCGGAGAGAGCACGUCGCGCCGCCGAAACCGAACGUGACGAGCUGGCCGAAGAAAUGGCCGCCAACGCCAGCAAGGGUACACUAAUGAUCGACGAGAAGCGUCGCUUGGAAGCCCGCAUUGCCUCCCUCGAAGAAGAACUCGAGGAAGAACAAUCCAAUUCCGAAGUAUUAUUAGAUCGUAGCCGUAAAGCACAGCUGCAGAACGAACAGCUGUCCACAGAAUUGGCCACGGAAAAGUCCAAUUCACAAAAGAACGAGAAUGCCCGAGCCCUGUUGGAACGCCAGAACAAGGAACUGAAAGCCAAACUGGCCGAAAUCGAAACAGUUCAAAGAACAAAGAUCAAAGCCACCAUUGCCACACUGGAAGCCAAGAUUGCCAACCUCGAAGAACAGCUGGACAAUGAGGGUAAAGAGCGAUUGCUGCAACAGAAGGCAAAUCGUAAAAUGGAGAAGAAGAUCAAGGAAUUGGGCCUGAACAUUGAGGAUGAGAGAAGACAUGCCGAUCAAUACAAAGAGCAAAUCGAUAAACUUAACAGUCGCAUGAAAUUGUUGAAACGUAAUUUGGAUGAAACCGAAGAGGAAUUGCAAAAGGAGAAGACACAAAAACGCAAAUAUCAACGUGAAUGCGAGGAUAUGAUUGAAAGUCAAGAAGCCAUGAAUCGUGAAAUUAAUUCACUGAAAACCAAAUUAAGGCGCACCGGCGGCAUGGGUAUAAGUUCGAGUCGUCUCACCGGUACACCAUCCUCCAAACGUGGUGGUGGCGGCGGUGGAGAUGAUAGCUCAGUACAGGAUGAAUCUUUGGAUGGUGAUGAUUCGGGCAAUUAAAUUAAAAAGCAAGCAAGCAAGAAAGGAAA